GAAACACUGUGCCGACUCCCUGAUACUCACUCAGUCACAAAAAGAAGGAUUAAAGACACAAGUCCCGGCUCUGUCCUUCUGACCACCAGCAAUGACAGGAGCUCCAAGGCUGGUCUACCUGCAGGUCCUUUCAACCGUCAUGACAGUUCAAGCAGCAGCAGGGUCCUUGCUGGUGAAGAGGAGCACUCUGUCCCCAGCCUGUCCGGUGGGACACUUCCCCUGCGGGAACCUCUCCAUGUGCCUGCCCCAGCUGCAGCACUGCAACGGGGUCCAGGACUGCAGCAACGGGGCCGACGAGCUCAACUGCGAGGAUCUCAGCGGCUGGUCUGGCAUGUUCAGGGUGAAGGGGAUACCUGAUCCUCAGGGCUGGCAUCAGGAGUGCUUCCUCACUGAAUACCCCAGGGUCUGUGACUGUCAGGAGACAGAGCUGGAGUGUGUGGAUGUCAACCUGGACUCCGUUCCUCGGGUGUCCUCUAACGUCACCUUACUAUCACUCAAACAGAAUCAGAUUAAGAACCUCCCUGCUGAGGUUUUUGUCCAGUUCACAGAGUUAGAGAAACUGUUUUUGCAGUGUAACUGUAUUGAGACUGUCUCCAGCAGUGCGUUUGUGGGGCUGCACAGGCUACAGAAACUAUAUCUCAGCCAGAACUGCAUCCAAGUAUUGACAGCAGGCACGUUCAAAGAGCUCCACAACUUACAGUGGCUUUUUUUAAAGGAGCCGGGUUCGAAUGUGCACAUUUACAGCGAAGGGCAGCUGGCGCAGGCCUCUGCAGAGCCGUCAAAAUCCUGUUGUGCUUUGUGUUCUAGAAUUCUGGAUGAUAACCCCAUUAAAAUCAUCCCGAGUCAGCUGUUCAUGGGGCUGAAGUCUUUGUUCUUCAUGUCCAUGGUCAACAACUCACUGGAACAGCUUCCGGGAAGCGGCCUGUGCACUGACACUCCUGCUCUCAACUGGCUUGACUUUGACAGGAACCUAAUCAAGCAGUUGAACUCUUCAAUAUUUGUGUCCUGCGGUUUCCUCACUGUGCUGUUUCUCCGCCAGAACGAAAUCAGCGUGAUCUCAGAAAACACAUUCAGUUCACUUCGGAAUCUGAUCGAACUGGAUCUGUCAGGGAACAAGCUCCACCGCCUGCCUGCUGACAUCUUCCAGGACCUGAGGUCCCUCGAGACGCUAAAUCUUUCUGGCAACAAUCUGAGCCACAUUCACCCGAGUCAGUUUGACAGCCUGGCCUGCGUGCGCUCCCUGGACCUUGACGGAAUUGACAUCCCGAAUAUUCACGUGCGGAUGUUUGCUCCAAUGAAGAACCUGACUCACAUCUACUUCAAGACGUUCCAGUACUGCCGGCUGGCGCCCCACGUGCGGAGCUGCAAGCCCAACACGGACGGGAUCUCCACGGUCCAGGACCUCCUGGCCAGCCCGGUACUGCGCGUCUGCGUCUGGGUCAUCGGCUUCCUCACCUGCUUCGGGAACCUCUUCGUCAUCUGCAUGCGCUGCUGCAUCCGCGCCGAGAACCAGCUGCACGCGCUCGGGAUCAAGUGCCUCUGCUGUGCAGACUGCCUGAUGGGGGUGUACCUGUUCUUCGUGGGGGUGUUUGAUGUGAAGUAUCGGGGGGAGUAUAACCAGCACGCCCAGCUCUGGAUGGAGAGCACCCAAUGUGGGAUGAUGGGCUUCCUGGCCAUGCUGUCCAGCGAGGUGUCGGUCAUGCUGCUCGCGUACCUGUCCCUGGAGAAGUGUCUGGCCAUCGCCUUCCCCUUCAGCACCAUGAGACCGGGCCGCUGCCAGACCCUCAUCGUCCUUCACUCCAUCUGGGUCCUGGGCUUCGUCAUCGCUCUCAUCCCGCUCCGCAACCAGGAGUACUUCGGGAAUUACUAUGGACGCAACGGGGUCUGCUUUCCUCUCUACGCCGACGAGACAGAGAAACCCGGAGCCAAAUACUACUCCAUCGGGAUCUUUCUUGGGCUGAACGUGCUGGCGUUCCUGGCCAUCCUGCUGUCCUACGUCACCAUGUUCCUGUCUAUCCGGAAGAGCAGCCUGCACCUGAGCUGCAAGACGCGGCAGCUGCGGCAAGACGUGGCCAUGGCGCACCACUUCUUCUUCAUCGUGUUCACCGAUGCCCUCUGCUGGAUACCCAUCAUCAUCCUCAAGGUGCUCUCGCUGCUGCAGGUCCAGAUCCCAGGGACAGUGACCUCGUGGGUGGCGAUAUUCAUCCUGCCCAUCAACAGUGCCUUGAACCCCAUCCUGUACACCCUCACCACCAGCUUCUUCCGAGAGAGGGUCAAGACGUCUAUCUCCAGGGCGCAGAGGAGGAACACUGAAAGCUUGUCCAAGAACUCCUCUGCGAUGAAGCUCACCUUUCUGAGAAUCGGAGGAGCACAAAUCUGAAGGGGCAUGGAAGUGACACUCACAGAAAAAUAGAACAGUAUUUAUUUAUUAAAAAAUCUAUUGAGUAUUGCGUGAUCCAAGGAAUGGUGAAGAUUCCUACAAUCCCAAAGAGAUCUGACUGAAACACAAAAAUAUAACAUGAGCUGCCGGGAUCGUCAGUGGACAGCGCUCGCCAUCACAGGGAUCAGCUGCUCAUUAAUUCCACUUGGAAGACAUUUUUAUAUUGAUGGAAGAGUUCUACAAGGGCUAUUUCAACAUGCUUGUUUCUCCGGAGCUGGAGGUGGUGUGGGGUCUUUUCAUGCCGUGCUGUGCAGAUGGUGGUUGAAAAUGUCAUGAAAACUUGUUUCAUUGUACAGUAGAAUUGCAAAUUGUCAUACAGAAGACACACCACACAUACGUUAUUGUUGCACCAUAUGCCUUUGUUUAACCUGAUUAUGUGCCACAGCAGUGAGCAAGACCACCAUACCACUGGCAAAUGCCAAAACAUCUACUAAUGGUUGCACAGGCUGGCUGUGAUCUUCCCACAAGAGGUGGCAGGGGCAGGAAGAUCAUGGUUCAAGGCAAUGCUACGGGCUGUUACAAUGUUUUGCUGCUAAACCGAACUACAGUAUGUCUAUAUAUAGAUAUACAGAUAAACAGUAUAGAUAUAUACAAAGAUCAAAGCUGUCUGGUAUAAUGGUAAAAACUGCUGGUGGACUGUUUAUUGUAAAACAGACCCAAUUCUGAGAUAAAGUUUUUAUGAGAUUUAGAGACGCCUCUGCACGCCAACAAAUUCCCGCUGGUCAUCUGUGAAUAAUAGUGGUGCAUCAUAAACUAGCACAAAGAUGGGUGUCAAGAGGUUAGCAGAACUCAGCCUUAUAAAAGUUUGCAGCAGUGAACUUGCAUGGUCAUUUUGCAGUUUACUGUGUUUGUUUUCCAGUCCUGGUGCCUUGUAUUACUCUUGCAUUACCAGGUGUUCACCAUGCUCCACUGCACAUCUGUGGCUUACCUUGCUUUCUGGACCUGUGCUUGAUUACACUGUGCUUUUACUCUGCUUUCCUACACUUGCUGUGUUUUUACCACGGUAUACUGCAGUAAACUUUCAAAAGGGUACAUAGGGUCUAGUAAGGGCUCUGUGCUGUGUGAUGCUGCCAAUGUUAUCUCGAUACUGUGAAGCUGUGCAUCAGAUAGCACUAAAAUAUCUCCAUUCUCUCUCUUUUCUUGUGACCUUUGCAGUCUUUUUAUUUUUAACAGAAGAUUAUAUGUUACCUCCAAAGAUUAUUGUAUUAAAAAGAGAAGGUAGUAAACAUUUUCUUUAUAUGCACUGUAUGAAGCAAAAAAUUUAAAUAAAAAUUAAAUAAAACAAAUCUACGUGUAAUAAACAUAACAAGCAGCAACUUGUGAGAUAACCGAGUUUACAGUAAAUGAGGCAUUUCCAUGUAUUGUCUGGACAGAUGUUCACUUCAUCAGUGAUUGUUAUUUUCUAUGUACUGGCACUCUAACAAACUGGAAAUGGCAUUUUUACCAGAUUUGAAUUAAAGAGUGCUUGGA